AUGUUGUUAGAAACGCUCUCAUACGGGGUUGGCCUGUACCACUCGGGCUUGUCUGCUGCUGAACGUCUGCUGGUGCAGCAGCUGCACUCCAGCGGGGCCAUUCAAGUUGUAGUUGUUGCGGAGGAAUCUGCAUGGGGCCUUCAGAUGAGCUCCCAUCUGGUUGUUGUUGUCGACACCAAACGAUUCACGGAGAACGGGUACGAAGACUACCCCAUUGCAGACGUGCUGCAGAUGUUGGGCCGGGCGACUCGCCCUGGUAUCGACAAGCAUGGGUAUGUGGUGCUUCUCUGUCCAUCGAGUAAGAGGGAAUAUUAUAAGAAAUUCAUAUUUGAGCCGUUGCCUAUUGAAUCACAACUUGAACAACACUUGCAAGACCACGUCAAUGCUGAAGUUGUACUGAAAACCAUCGAAAGCAAACAGGAUGCCGUCGACUGGCUCACCUGGUCUUUCCUGUACAGAAGGCUUUCCAAGGCAAGUUGA